AGCAAGAAAUGGAGUCUCAUGACCUUGGUUGCGGGGCUGGCGAUGGUGAAACUAGUGAAGAUAUAUUCACGAACGCGGGGCUCACCAUUCUAACGAAUGCCAAUAUAAACGCCACACGCAUCAUAGAAGAAACAAAAGAGUGUGCUGACAAGAAAAGAGCUCGUCACUAUGUUUACAAAACAAGCGACUCAUAUGGUGGCAUUCGACGAUACGUGCCGUCAAACGAUGAUCAGCAACUGCUGGAUAACAUUGGGUCAUGCGGAUAUGUAUCGCUUAAGAAAGUCCGAGACAACUUUAAUACCACUGUCUUGUUCGACGAAAUAACACCCCGCGAAACCUGUUUUGAAACCAAACUAAGUCAUAGCGAUUCAAUUACAACCUGGACAGUUCAAGCUAUAGGUAUAUCCCCAAGCAACGAGGCCUGUUUAAUUGAGACUCGGAAUGAAGUCAAAGCAUUCAAAGAAUUUUUCAUACAGGUGAACGUGCCAUACAAAGUAACUCGAAACAUAACCUUUCACGUUCAUGUUACGGUAUUUAAUUAUUUACAGAAGGAAAUAAAGGUGCGCGUGUACUUGAAAACCGCAAACGAACUUUGUUAUGGCAUUUCGAAUGAAGAGACUUUUCAACAACAGCUCCUACACAUGUCACAAAACAGCGCUACUACUUUAGCGUUCCCCUUCGUUCCAUUGGAAUACGGUACCUAUCCAAUCAUUGUGUCGGCAUUUGCUUCGAACGAGCACACAUCCAUUUCAGACAUUGUGCGUAAAGAAGUUGUUGUGUCAGAGGCAAGACCAAUGACGGUCACUGUCGACCAUUCAAACAUCUUUAAUAUAUGUCUUGAUACCGAUGAAGAGCCUCGAUGUCAGAGUUCUCCAGACGGUGUUUUAAGAGCUCAUUCAAACAUGGGUGAAACACCAACUGUAUCGAUUUAUUUUGAGAUACCCCUUCCUGAAAAUUAUAUUCCCGGUACGAAUAAAGCAAUUGCACACAUUAAGGAAUAUAAGAGUGAACAAAGGAUAUGGUGUUUAAUUAAUGGCAUUGGAGGAACAUUUUAUCAGCCAGGAGGAAACGGAGCAACAACUAUGAGAUACGUUUCCCCUAUCGCCUAUGGAUUGGAUUUUCUUAAAUAUACAGACACACUCGAUAUACAACAAAUGGAACAAUGGACUGGGUAUUUGAGACAAGAUAUCUUUGGUUACCCCAUUAUGACCCAUCUAAUGUUACCAAUAGCGAUUACUUGA